AUGGAGUAUGUAAUAUAUCCCCACUCCAACCCACCUAACUCAAUAAGCGCAUAUUUGGAAAUCCAUUCCGGUUCUGUAGACGAGAUGGAUGAUCAAUUAGGCGUAGCCCACUUUUGUGAACAUAUUACAUACAUGGGUAGUAGGAAGCGGCAGACACUGCUUAAACAUUCCAUUAAAACAAAUGCAUUCACUGAUUUUCACCACACUGUAUUUUAUGCUACAGCUACUAAUAAUUCGCAUUUGAAAUCCAUUUUCGAGGCGCUUGACGAUGUUCUAAGGGGUGAAAAUCAGUUUACCACCGAACGAUUAGAGAAGGAACGGGCGGCAAUUCUAUCUGAGGCCAGUAUAAUUGACACUCAAGAAUACCGAAAAAACUGCGCCACAGUCAAGGCAUUACACUCUGAUAAUAUGCUCUGCAAGCGGUUUCCCAUUGGAAAUCUAGAAGAAAUAUCAAAGUAUCAAAUUCAUCACUUGAAACAAUACCAUCUGCAGCACUACACACCCAAAAAUUCCACCAUCUUCCUGAUUGGAGAUGUCGAUUCAUCGAUUUUACCGCUUCUAAACGACACAAUGGGCCAAUUUAUUAGACAGGGCCGUACCAAAGUCUCGUGUGAUAGACGUAUUGGCCACAAAUUUGAAAAACCAACGGAAUUUAAUGUUUGGAAUAAUCCUUCUGCCAAUCAUAUCUCAUGCGAAUUGUUACGGAAGCAACCAUUUAGUCCAAUCACAACCAUAGAUGGGUUAAGAUCAAAUUUGCUUCGUAAGAUUGUACUUCGGGGCCUAUCCUUCAAUUUCGACAUUUGCCAUAGGGGUUCCUCUUAUAUUACGUGCAAUGCCAACGACUUCGAUUGUGUAAACGAAGGAUGCAGAAUCCAAAAUUUAUCACUCAAAUCUAAUGAAUCCAAUUGGAAAAUUGCAUUAAAAAAUGCUAUAGACCACCUGCAUGGGAUGAAUUUCCACCGCUUUCCUUGGAAUAAUGUAGUGUCUAGUCAGAUACUGGAAACAAAUAAGCUCCUGCCAGAGAACCUGGAACUGCAAGAUCUUGUGCCUCUUGUGAUGGAAUAUUGGUCUUGUGGACACGUUCUAAUGGACCUUCGUCAACAUUGUGAACUUGUAAAGCAAUUAUGUAAUUCCUUGGAUCCUUCUCAAGCACAGGAGGAAUUUGAAAACAUGUUCAAUUGGAUUUAUCGUCCACAUGCGGUGCUUGCUUGUACUCCGAAUAAUACUCUGUCUCCUACGGAAUUAAAAGAUACUGUGACGAAUAUUAAUGAUCAAAAAGGCAAAAGUGAGUUGCAGGUUGGCGACAACUUAUCCUUCGAUUCCCUAGUUACUGAAGAGGAACUGAAUGAUUUAAAGGACAAAUCUGAAGAUGUAUAUUUCAGCAAAGCCGAACGAAGUGGUGUGCGCGUGUACAAAUUCAACAACGGCUGCAUUGCAUCCUACAAGGAUCUAAAAACAAAUGAUAACUCAUUUCACCUGAAAAUAUCAAUACCGAAUGGGCCCCGUGGCCAAAGUGAUGGGGAGUUGUUACUGGCAGCACAUACAAUGAUGGAAGGAGGAGCCAUCGCGAGCAAAAGCCGUGAACAGGUCGAAAUGUACUGCUGCAGCAAUUUGAUCAAUGUAAACAUAGAUAUGGACAGGGAAAAUAUCACCAUUUGUAUGUCUGCCAACCACGCCAUGCUGGAAUCCAUGCUACAGUUAUCCCAUUAUCUACUGAGUGAAUGCAAGCUUGAGAAGGACGCGUUUGAGCGCGGUAAAUUGAAAGUCAAGAGCAUUUUGGCUGAUCUGAGAAGCAAUUUGCAAGAGUUUUCUGCCACUAGGGGCUUUGAGUCUCUGUACCCCAAUCUUAGCCUUUUAUCACUAUCAAGUGACAUGGUCGACGAUUACCAAUUUGAAAAAGUGCAACAGAUACUUUGUAAGACUUUGAGGACAAAUGUAAUACAUUUCAGCCUUGUUGGCCCCCAGAGUGAUAUAAACGCUCCGAUGGAUGAUCUACUAAAGUUAUACAUUGGCACUAUAACUCAUAGUGACCCUGGCGUACUUAAAAAUUCUAGUGAAAACGUUGUAUGCCUCUCCCCUAAUAACAAAGUUAAUAGUAUCAGGUCUGAAGACGAGUGCAACGAUACCAGAGCCGCUGUAACCUUUAGUGGCUUUGGACCUAACGGAGAUGGCCUUCUGCCAAAUGGUGAAUCUAUUUUUCUGAAAUUGCGAGAAAAUGGCUUUAACCGUGCACAAAACACAUCAAUCGCCCGUGCAUAUGGUAUCUUGAUCCAAGAACUUUUGGGUGCCAGAGCCUUUUCGAGCCUAAGGGAGGAACACAAGUUGACAUACGAAACAAUUGUCAAUGUAAACACUCCAGUCCAUGGUAAUUUCGGGUCUUACAGUAUUACUGUCAAUUGUAUCCCGCAGAAUGUGGAGAGGGUGAUAUUUGCAGGGAUGGAUAUGCUAAAAGAAAUUCGGUACGAUAGGCCCUUUACUCCAUAUCAGUUGGAAAGGGUAAAAUCGCAGCUACUAGACCCGUCCAGGCUCUCAUCCCCCAGUUACUGGAUAGAUAAGUUAUGCUCAGCACAGGGAAGGGAGUACUACUUGGAGGAUUUUAUCGCAAAAGUGGAUGCAGACGAGUUGCAGUUUGUGUUCAAUAACUUGUAUGGCACUGCAGCUCAAUUUGUACACACCACAGUUGUCACCAUGAGAUAG